UUCGUUUUUUGUGACCGAAAUCUCAUAAACACUAAAAGUUCUUUUCUUUACUGAAUGAGACAGGGAAAUGAAAUUCUGGAUUUGUUAAAAGGAGUUAUUUGAUCGAUAACAACGAACUGAAAUCAGACUGCACUCCCGCCUUGGACUACCUCACCCCUGAGAGGAACUCAAUAACAGACUGAAAACGUUCUAAAGCGAGCUUGUUAAAGCUAAUGGUUCGCUUCUAGGAAGCCUAUAUUUUAGAUUUCUCCCUCGCGAACAAUGGCUGGAAACGUAUUUCUAUUUAUUCCUAAUAUCAUAGGUUAUGCACGGAUUGUGUUAGCUAUCUUGUCCUUCUAUUUCAUGCCGACGGACUGUUUUAUGGCGGUAUCCAUGUAUCUUCUUAGUGGCUUGCUGGACGCAUUUGAUGGGCAUGCAGCACGAUACUUUAAUCAAAGUACAAAGUUUGGUGCCAUGUUAGAUAUGCUCACAGAUAGAUGUGUUACCACAGCACUUCUUGUAAUGUUGUCAGUGUUUUAUCCAAAGUUCACAUUUGUUUUCCAAAUGUUGAUAUGUUUGGAUAUUGCCAGUCAUUGGAUUCAUGUGCAAAGUUCACUAUUUAAAGGAGGAGCUAGUCACAAGAAAAUAGAUUUGUCAAGCAACUUUUUCCUAAGGAUUUAUUAUCAUUCAAGGGUAGUACUGUUUAUCAUGUGUGCAGGAAAUGAACUGUUUUUCUGCAUGUUGUAUUUGGUUCACUUUACAAAUGGGCCAGUCUUGUCAGUUGCUGGCACCACAUUUGGCCUGUGGAAAGCUCUAGCGUGGUUGACUCUUCCCAUAUGCAUACUGAAGCAAUCCAUCAGCGUGAUUCAGCUUACUGGGGCAUGUAUCAACACAGCAAACUUGGAUGAGAGUGAAAGGGAACGAGUGAACAAAUGACUAGACGUGGAGGUUGGAGAACACCAUAUAAUGCUCCAAAACUAAAAAAAAGUCAUUUCACAGUUAGGAAAAAAUCAAAAGCAUUGUUGUCACAUGGUGUAGAGUUUUUUGCUAAUUUGUCAAGACUUUUUGUGAUCAACACAGAAGGGAAGAUCAAUAAUCUUAUGAUCAUUAUUUGAGGGGGAUAACACCCAAUAAUGACAUCAAUAAUCUCUUCCACCUUAGAUGGCUAUGAAUACAAUCCAAAAUCCUGUUAGAUUGUUAUCUCCCUUCAAUUCAAAUAUUUAUCAAAAAGUGGGAUUGCACACCAGACAUCAAAGUGUAUCAUUAUACACCUAAGCUGUCUUUGCAAUAUUUCCUACUCAUCUUUUGAAACGCUUUUCAGUCCUUUGAGUGAAGAAAAAAUAUUUGAGUGUAACUCCAGUAUGUGAUGCACAAGAAACCUCAUGACAGUCUGAUAGUUAAUAGACAGUACAUAUGUUACCAUUUUAUUAUCUGUUGAAAACCUGUCUGUGUCAAUUAAAUGUGUAUAUUUAGCCGAAAACUAUUCAAUUUUUCAAUUUUAUCUGAUGUAGAACUUAUGAUUUAGGAUAGUUGUAAUCACUGAUGAAGUUAGCUUGUUUUAUAUCGUGCAAAUAAUAAUAAUAAUUAAAAAUAUUAGUUUGUCACGUUUACGGA